GGCUGCCUCACAGCGAUGCACAUUUAAAGACCAGCAGCCGUGAAAAUGUGAUUUUGCUGAAGAUAAAAAGCAAAUCACUUUUCCGUGUUUCUCCUCAUCUAUAUUUCAUCAUCUGGAUCUUUCACUGAUUUUUCUCAUCCCGGCUCUUUUUUUUACUCUCUUUCUUGUGAAGGAGGUCACUGCGGAUACAACGCAGAGCCGCACAGCCUGAACUGCAGACUAAAAGGCAACUGUAAGCUGUGCCAGACACCUGUCGAUGUCCCUGGUCACCAAUAGAGAGACCGCAAUAGAGCAUGUUUCUAAGGACGAAGCCGGUCUCAUGGGAUAGCCGUGUUUUGUCUCCAUGACAGCUAUGUCACUCAGCCCUCUCUGCAGUGACACCCGCACAGCAAAGCAUGCUGGGAAAUAACCAGCGCUUUUAUCCCGGCCAGGAUGACAGAGAUGGGGAGGAUGAGGAGGAGGAAGAGGAGCAGGGGAGAGAGAACACGGGAGGGGAAGACGGACCUGACGCGGAGAACGGAGAGCUAGAUGAUCUGGAGGAGAAGGAAAUGACGGGCGGACGGCAAUCCUGGGAAGGGAAACGCGGGGAAGUGGUGAAACCGGCGGCCAUCGUGGUCGGUAGACAGAGAGCAGACCGGCCGCCGAGGCCGGGCCACCUGGGCAGCCGUGGUAUCGCACACCUGCCCAAUCAAGGCCCGCUACAUCAUCAACCGGCCAAUAAGCAACAGAAUUAUCCCGUCGCAGCCAAUCAGCACACUCAUCAGGCCGGCCCGAACGCCGUGCAGAAGAGACGAGCUCUCAUGGAGCGCAGCAUGACCACAGUGGCGCCCAUGGAGGACUCCUUCCCCACCAUGAUGAUCUUCCGCAUAGGAAUUCCUGACAUCAAACAAACAAGGUGCCUCCAGUUCGACCAGGACUGCAUGGUGUGGAGCGCCAAGCAGGAGAUCAUCUCCUCCCUCAGCGAGUCGCUGUGGGACGUCUACAACUACGGCCUCUUCCAGCCGGCUGGAGACGGACGGGACGCCAAGUUCCUGGAGGAGGAGCGGCUCCUGCGAGACUACUCGCAGACCUUUGAGAAAGGGGUGCCCUACCUGGAGUUUAGGUACAAAACCAGAGUUUAUAAACAGACGAAUCUGGAUGAAAAGGCGCUCUCCAAACUCAGCACGAAGGCCAGUCUGAAGAAGUUCCUCGAAUACAUUCAGACUGGAGCAAUAGAGAAAAUGGCAAAAGUCCUCGAAAAAGGUCUUGAUUCAAAUUUUCAAGACCCCGACAGUGGAGAGACCCCGCUGUGCGUGGCCGUGCAGUCCGGCCUGCCGAUGGAGGGCAUCCGACUGCUGGUCCUGGGUGGCGCUCAUCUGGACUUCAGGAACAGAGACGGCUUCACACCGGUGCACAAAGCUGUUCGGGCCCAUAAUCACGCCGCGCUCGUGGCCCUCUUGUCCCUCGGAGCGUCUCCAAACUACAAAGACCGCUGUGGCCUGACCCCCCUGUACCACACCGUGCUGACCGGGGGCGACACCUCCUGCUGCGAGACCCUGCUGUACUACAGGGCCAGGCUGGGGACCAGGGACGAGAACGGCUGGGACGAGUCCCAUCAGCUCAGGGAUGAAGAGGAGUUUGGAAUGGAAGAGAUACAUAAGGCCUGCCAGAACGGUUUUGCGCAGCACUUGGAGCAUCUGUUGUUUUACGGGGCGGAAACCUCCUCUCUAAAUGCCUCAGGGAACACGGCGCUUCACAUCUCUGCCCUGUACAACAAGGAGAGCUGUGUGCGCGUCCUGCUGUACAGGGGAGCAAACAAGGAGGCAAAGAACAAGCUGGGUCAGACCCCCUUUCAGCUGGCUGUUUUGUCCGGUCACUUUGAACUCGGGGAAAUCAUCAAAAACCACAAGGACGCCGACGUAGUGCCCUUUUUGGAAUCGCCAAAGUAUGUACCCAAGCGAAAAGAGAGCGCCCACACGCUGCCUCUCCCCUCACUUCAUGCCCACCCCCUGCUGCGCGCUAACAGCGAUAACUCCAUGACCCAGUCUGACCCCCUGGCCCCGGCCAACAAGGCUGCGACCAAUCCCCCCCCGGGACAGGGCCAACGAAGGGCCUCCAUCGCCAUGAGGAGCUCCAGCAGCCCGCGGUCCCGCACCCGCUCCCCAUCGCGGGGCAGAGGAGGCCAAAGCGACACCGAGGAGAGGCACCGGCAGCCGAGGGGACGACAGGGGGCUUCCUCGGCGGGCGGUGGAGGAGGUCAGAUGCAGCGCAUGUACAGCGCGGUGCCGGGGCGGGUUUACAUGGCCACGCGUGGCCACUCUGCCGGCGGAGACAAAGAACUCACGCUUAACAAAGGCGACAGGGUCAAAGUGUUAAGUGUCGGCGAGGGAGGAUACUGGGAAGGAACCGCGAAAGGUCGCACUGGCUGGUUUCCAUCGGACUGCGUGGAAGAGGUGGCGGCUCUCGGCAAAGACAAUCGAUCAGAGACGCGCAGUGAGAAAGCCAAGAGGAAGCUCUUCCGUAACGUCACCGUUGGAGCCUACGACGGCACCGACGGGCCCAGUGACUACAUCAUUAAGGAGAAGACCGUGCUCCUACAGAAGAAAGACAAUGAGGGCUUUGGUUUUGUGCUCAGAGGAGCCAAAGCUCAGACUCCCAUAGAAGAGUUCACUCCAACGCCAGCGUUCCCCGCGCUGCAGUACCUGGAGUCUGUCGAUGAGGGGGGGGUGGCCUGGAGGGCCGGCCUGAGGAUGGGAGAUUUCCUCAUCGAGGUUAACGGCCAGGAUGUGGUGAAGGUCGGCCACAGGCAGGUGGUCAACAUGAUCCGGCAGGGCGGCAACAGCCUCAUGGUGAAAGUCGUGAUGGUCGCUCGAAACCCUGAACUGGAGGACACCGCUCGGAAGAGAGCCCCGCAGCAGACUAAAAGACUGACUCCUCCCGCCAUUGCCCUUCGCUCCAAGUCAAUGACAUCAGAGCUGGAAGACAUGGUGGACAAAGCUGCGUCUUCAUGGAAAAAGAAAGCAGAAUACGACUCGUCUCUUGGUCCUGACAAGAAGAGGACCGUCUAUCAGAUGGCACUAAAUAAACUGGACGAAAUCUUGGCUGCUGCCCAACACACUAUUACAUCAGACAACCAGGGCCAGAGGGGUCACGGAGGCAAGAGGGACCGGAGCAAGAGUAUUGUUCCCAACGUCUCGAAUGAGCAACCCUACGAGCAUCAGUCAUCAGUGAGUAUGGUGCAGCCCGGACCGGGCUUUGGCUACAACCAAGCUCAUUUUCAACCCGGCCACACUCAGCAUGCGGUCAUGAUACGUCAAAAAUCUAUUGGUGUCACGGAGGAGGAAAGACAGUAUCUGCACCCACCCGCUAUGAAACUGGCUCGCAGCCUGUCAGUGCCAGGACCAGAGGAAAUACCACCACCCCCUAACACAUCUGCUCCCGAACCGCCUUUAUCUGCAGGCCCUCAUCCUGGGAGAGGGUCUGCUAUGCCAAUACCCCCCGUAUCUCAAGCCCACUACCAAUCCCAGCCAGGCCAUGCUAAUCAAGCAGGCUGGGAGAGGGGAGGGCCUGGUGGGAUGAACCAGCAAGGCAUGGUCCCCACCCUCCGCAGACAAUCUGAAGGACAGCCGGAGGCUCCUAGGAGAGGUGGAGGCAAAACAGAAGGGUUAAGGAGAGGCUACAGCAGUGCUACACCGCCAACAAGUGCAAAGCCAAAGGCCCCACAAGCACCGCAACAUCACCCGCAUACAGCCAACCGGGAGCAAGGUGGAGGGGUUAGCAGGGGGACAACCAGGAGGGGUGGUCGAGGAGCUCUAAUGAAACAGUCAAAAGUGGAGGAUGGGUUGAGACAGCACCGAGGAAAAGGAGUUGCAGCCAAAGAAAAGAGCUCCAUCCCCAUUCCCACCAUCAUUGUCAAAGCACCCUCCACCAGCAGCAGCGGGCGAAGCAGCCAGGGUAGCAGCAUGGAAGCUGAGCCGGCCCAGGAUGUUGAAAACCACACCUCAGCAGACACAACCUCAGACAGCCCCAAUACCAGUCUACCCUCACCACUCACCCCCCUGCCACCUCAGCCCACUACGCCCACUUCCUUGCCUUCAUCAACUGUUGCCCCAUCCGUUUCCUCGCAGCAAAACUUGGAAAACUUGGACUACACGUCAACAUACGGUACGGCCUUCGGAGGAGGAGGUGCUCGCAGAGAAAGAGAACGUUUCCGAGAUAUGAGAAGAAAGAGUGCGUCUUUCUUCCUAUCGUCUGAAGAGGACAUUCAAGGUGAGGCAGGGGGUGGAGCAGCGGAGGGAGGAGGAGCGCUGGGGGCAAGAAUUCAGCCUUUACAGGGAAUACAAAUGGAAGUGCCCUCCCCUCGUCUACGGCCCUCCAAGUCUAUAGAUGAGGGCAUGUUUUCAGGAGACAGCUACGUCCACUAUUCGAGCAGCAUGCCCCCAGCCUUUGGCCUGCCUGAAUAUUCUUCCCCUGUUCUUGGUCAGGAUGGCCAGCCCAAGUCAGCUCCCUCAAUGUAUGGCACCCAGGCCACUACCACUUUCAUCCACCCACUUACAGGGAAAGUUCUGGACCCCUCGUCUCCACUUGGCCUGGCCCUAGCUGCAAGAGAAAGGGCCCUCAAAGAUGACCGAAGGACACGAAGAGAGGAGAGACACUUUGGUCGGCAGCUGUCCACGGUCGGGGCGUUUCCUACCCCUGUUCAGACCCCAACUCCUUCGCUUUUUGCAACCCCUACACAGUCGGCCUACACUUCCCCUGUACCCACCAACCUAAGCUCCCCCACCGCCACCACCUCUCCUGCAUCUAUCAGCCGGCCACAGUCCCCAAGGAUAUUACGUUUGGGAGGAGGAGGUGGGGAGAGAAUGGAAAGAGAAAAGGAGGGAGCACCCAGGGAGGGUCUCAGAGUUCGCUUCUCAGAGGACCGAACCAGUCAGUAUUCAACACAGCAUUACCCACAGAGCCCGAGGGAAAGAGAAAGAGAAACGGAGGUGUAUGACAGCCGACCUGCUCCACCCACGCAGCCUCCUGCACCGCCGGCUCAAACCGCUCCUCGAAGACCUUCCUUUCUGCAGAUGGAUAGCGCUCCCAACACCAGCUACAUCCCUCAGUAUACUGUCCCAACAGCCCCUACACAGACACAUAAAACUAUUGGAGAAGCAAGAGCAGGUGCAGGUGGUUUAGGAUUGAUGGUUUUACCUCCACCAGCUCCCUCAAUAGAUGUAGAUGAUGAGUUUGUCUUUGCGGAUCCCUUGCCCCCUCCUUUAGAGUUUGCUAAUGGUAAGAAGGAAAGGGACCAGGAGUAUCCUCAGCAGCAUCAACAACACCGGAGUCCACGCUCUGCUGCUGCUGCACCACCUCCCCCACCCCCACUACCAUCUACCAAGUCCUCAAAUGCCCCCCAACCCUCUGCACAGGCUGGCGACUCGACUGCCUCCAGCCUUACAUCCUACGACAGUGAGGUGGCCAACCUUACGCAGUCAGCUCUUUCCCCAUCGUAUCCGUCCCCGCAGAUAUUUCCCCCUCCGUCCGCCACUACCACCAUCGCUGCACCUUUGCCUGCCUCUUCACUACACAGACCCCAGCCCAUGUCUCACUCUCACACCUAUUACAGCAGUUCUAACGACCCCUCAGUAGGGGGUCACAUCGAGGCCCAGGAUAGAGGCACAGCAGUCCUCACAGCCACCAUGACCUAUGCUACCACUACCAUGACAGCCGCCGCAGCCGCCUCCUCCACGACCUCACUGGGACCCUUUGACCACAGUAUGACCAUGGCCGGGCACAAGGCUGGCCUCAGCGCUGUGGGCAAAGCCAAUGACCAUACUCACCACCCUGCUGUCAUACCGAAGAGCGGAGACUGGCAAGAUGCAGUGGUGGAUUCAGGCAUUGAGGAGCUGGACAGCCACAGCAGUAGCGACCACCAUUUAGAAAUGCUAGGGUUGAGUGGGCCAAGAGGAGAGAGAGGAGGGAUCGGAGUUGAUGGGCAAGGAGGGGAGGGAGAGAGAGGAAGUGAGCAUCAGGAUCCCAGCACGACCUACUCAGGUGGACAAACGUUUGAGUUGCACAGCACCAAACUGGCCAACCCUGUGUUUCCUAGGAUGACUCACCACAAGGAGGGAGGAGGGAGGUGCCCGCCUGUGGCACUACGUAGGCAGAACAGCACUAACCCUGCUCCUUUACAGUUGCACAGGCAUAGCAACCCGGACGAAAUCAGGCUAGAUGGAGCAUUUGAAGAUGAAAGGAAGCGCAAGCAGAGUCGAUCCAAAAUGGAGGACGGCUUCAACACCACUUUGGCCGCCUGCUUAGAAAGGCAGAUAGACACCCGGUCGGGGAACUGGGUUGAGGUUGGGGAGCAUGAGCAAAGCGGAGAAGGAGUACAGAGAGGUGGUAUCGCUUUGGAGGGCCGCAGACUUCACUCACCUCUUUCUGGCGUGAAGGCGAGCAUCAUCAAUGAGCUAAGCUCCAAGCUACAACACAUGAGUGGCAUGAAGAGCAUGGACGACUGGAGCCACAUCCCAAAAUCCCCCACCAUGCACAGGUAUUCCGCGGAUUUCACUGAUGCAUUUCAUAGCCCCCCUUCUGGCCACUCUACCUCGCCAUUGCCGACCUCCUCUCCACAGCACCGUCAGAUCUUGACACCAAAUCUGUCGGCCACUCCUUCUAUCUCUCCAUCCACUCAAGUCCCGAUUCAGCGCAACUGGACCCGCUCCCCGUCUCCACAGAUGCCGACCUCACCAGUGCUUGCACACCCUCCCCAUUCUCCGACCUACUGCCCUUACCCAACGUCGCCGAAGCAUCGGUCCAAGAUGCGCAGACAGACUUUUGAUUUCCAAUGCAGUCCGACUAAAGAAAUGCGUUCUUCUGUCGCACGACGGCGGGCUCCAAGUCCUCUCAUCUAUAACACUGAACAGCCAAACCCCGCUCCGCCCAGGCCUUCCUCUCUCCCCAUCCUUCCCACUACACCUGUCUACAGUAACCCCUUUGACUUCCCCGGGCCCCUUACUCCGCCUUUGCCUGGAAUCCCUCUAGGAGAUCCCUACAAUACUUCAACUCCAAUGUACUCCCCAUCUGGUUUGCCAAGUGCGAACCCCUUACUUGUCUCCCGCUCUCUCUCCCCAACCCAUUUUCUCUCUGGAGCCUCCUCCCCCAUACACUUGCCCCCGAGCCCAUCCUGCCUAAACUAUCCCCAUCUCACCCCUCCUCCGCCAGCCAAACCCUUUGCUGUCAAGCCCCUGCCCUACUGGACCAAGUACGAUGUGGCUGACUGGCUGGCUUACCUAAACCUGGCGGAGCACAGGGAGCGUUUUAUAGACAAUGAGAUAGAUGGAUCACAUCUGCCUUCGCUCACCAAGGAUGAUUUCCUGGACCUGGGAGUGACACGCGUGGGACACCGAAUGAACAUCGAGAGGGCGCUGAAGAAACUCACAGACAGGUGAGAGAGGACUAACAGACUCUGGAACAAAUAGAGGCAUGGGGUCGAAGGACAAAAAGGCAAGCACUGGAUGGUGAAGGACAGUCACGUCAGCUGGGUCAUCCCCUUUCGUCACAAGUUAUCUUGUCCUCCCUUCCACCCUUUUCUCUUGAUUUACCACUUUUAUCAACCCUAUUUAGUUUGCUCCGCCUUUAUUUAGUUUCUUCUCAUUUUAAUUCUCAUUGAUUUGCCCUCCUUCUCUCCUCAGGCGUCCUUCCUCUCCUUUGCAUUUCACUACUUCUCCCCGAGAUACAGACUGAGAGAGUGAAGGGGUGAUUCAAAGAUGAGAGAAAGGGACAUUAAAUAAUUGACAAAGAUGGACAAUUACAAAGAUGGGAAGAAUGGACUUUGACAGGUUAUGUUGGACUAAGACUAAGAAUGGAUGGAUGUGUUAGUUUUUCUUUGCCACACAUUCCAAGAAUAUUGUUGAAACUUGUGGAGGGAUUUUUGGUCAAAGGAAGUUAAGAAUAUCACAUGAAAAUGAUGCUCUUUAACUGAACGUAUAUUUUAAAACUUUUUUUGGACAGGCGUUUAAUUAACUCACCGUUUUGUGCUGUAAAAAACAAACACAUAUACAUACCCUCACAAACACACACACACACACACACACAUUCUCACACACACUGACAUUGAUUCUCACACUAUACGCUGUUUAAAAGCAUUGAUCAGUCUGAGUUCAAAGAAGUGACAUCAUUGAAGCUUGAAGCAGAUCAGAGUUUACGAUGGCCGAGAGUCCAGGAGCCAAAGUCAGAAUAUGAUAGAUCUGUUUGUAAAUGAUGAUAGAUAAAAUGGUAGACAAUAUUGCUAUUCUUUUUUAUAUUUUUGCCAUAUUACCCCAAAGGAUGCCCCAAUAAGCUUUGUAUGUAUGUACUUUGCGAGCACUUAAUAUAUAUCUUACAUGUUAAACGGGAUUCACUACUAUAGUAGAAACAUAUGUUUUGUACACAGUGCUGAUCGCAAUCAUUCAUUUCGAACUGGUCAGGGUAUUUAUAACUGUUGAAUUGAAGUUGUGCAUAAUGGGGACGUACAAGUAUCGAGAUUAUAUUGUUGUGAAAUUACCUUUUUAUUAUUUUUCAGAGAAUUCUGUAGAAAGGAGAUGAAAUAUAUAGAAGCGGAAUUGAAAAGGGUUUGCAUGACAUUUUCGACUGCAAAUUGUCUCUUUUAAAAAAUAAACUUUACCGGUGUUUAUUGCCAUAGGACAGGUCGAGGGACGGAUCCGUCCCCUUCGAUGCCAUGAUGUUGACCGCUCUCGCUCACACAGCAGGUGCAGUGAUCAAUAAGGGCUUUUUACUGCUAAUCUGUCUACCUGAACAUCAACCUUCAGCCUCUGUGAGCCUGUGCGACUGAUUUAGUGCGUGAGUGUUUGUCAGCAAAAUGCAUUCACUGGCCUCCACCAUUCUCUUUCUAAGGCCUUUUCCAAAACAUAUUUAUCACGGUCGAAUUUCUUUUUUUUUUUCUCACUAUUUAAACAACCCCAGUGUUUCUUCGUCCCACACAUUAACCCUCAAAAAUAAACACGCUUUUAAAAACUUUUUUUCAGGAGGCGAAACGUAAAGAAAAUGCUACGUAAUGUUGCCGCGAGUUGAAGAGGAACGCCCCCUUUUUAUGAACACGCCAGUUCAACCAUUUCCCUGCAGUGAAUUUAACCGUCAAGCAAACACACAUCAUUUAUAGAUCUAAAUGUAAUGAUGAUGAUGACAACGAUAACAUACAAAUAUAGUAUAAUAAAUAUAAUAAUAUUAAGUAUGUAAACAAUUGUUUGAGAAUCUCCGUCUUCCAAAUAGCGUGGAGAAAUUCUUUGAAGCUUUGUUUAGAUUCCGUUCUACUUUUGAUUUUCUGUAAAUGCUUUCUCUACUGCUCGCCCUGCGGUGACCCCGGCGAAGCCGACACACGCCGGUUGAUGUGUAUUCUCUCCGUGUGAGUUUUUGAAAUUAUGACUCUCUAUUCUCGGCCUCACUGCUAUCUCCUCAUGGACCCCUCUGAGAAGUGGAAGGACUGAGCAGUAGUGUAGAAAGCAUUGUAUUCUAUGAUUUAAGUGUUUUAGGUCUAGUAAAAUGCAUAAUGAAUAUGACUACAUACAGUAUGAGCAUAAAAUGCAGAGAUAAAAGGUACAUAUAUAUAUAUAUAUGAAUAGAGUUUUGCUUUAAAUUAAAUAAAGUAUAUACUGAUAAACUAUAUAAUAGAGGUACAACUAAAGUGUUGAAAUAAAUGCUAAAAUGAAAUGUG